AUGCUUCAAGGGCCUUUUUCUCUGGCACCAAGGGAACCAAUCCCCUGUAGAGUGAUAACAGAUAGUGGGACGGCUACUUUUAGCAGACAAGCUUUUGGCCUAUUUAUUUCCGAUGCCCCAAAUCGCCUUGAUGCCCCAAAUCCAAAUGGAGAUGGUGAGGUGCCCUAUGUGAACACCUGGCUCUGGCCCUCCUUCACGCUGGUGGGCGCCUCCUCCCUCUUCUUCGGUGUCUACAUCGGAAAGAUCACGAACUCGCACGAGUGGAAGGAGAUCUUCUUGGAUUAUUGCCACCACAAGAGGACCUCUCACUCGCCAAAUCCUUUGGACAAGGCGGCCCGCUCUGUUAUGAGGCUCCUGCGCAUUGCGCCCAAGUGA